AUGUUUCCUUCCUGCUAUUCCAAGCCUAAAAAUGGCUCUCAGUUUAAGAUGUCCUACACCAAGGUGCUGUUUGGGGUGCUGGUGGUCUAUGUGCUCCAUACGUGCUGGGCCUUGUAUGGUUUUGUGCACACCAAACCCUGCAACAUGGCCAAAGGAGAUGACUGCGUUACAUCUUACCUUAGUGCUAAACCUCGACUGCAGCUGAGUGUAUAUCGGACUCUGGACCCCAGCGAGGAGGCUGCACACACACUCCUGCUCAAAGUGGAUAAAUUUGAGAUCCAUUCCAGACUUGAAAGGAAGGUGAGCGUGACGUUACCAGAGCAGAACCAGAACAACAGCAGCCUUCAUGCUGUGGUCUUCAUACACAAGAGCGGCGUUUCACCCUGGAAGGACAACAAACACGUGAGGCUGGUGGUUCCUCUCAUUUCUCAGAUGCUUCCACCUUCUGCCAGACCUGGUUCCACCAAACAGAACCAGAAGGUAACAGAAAAGCAGAAGCUUCAGUCCUACUGGAAAUCACACAUCACGCUAAACAUGAUGACGGAGGAUUUUAGCUUCAAUAACGCCGCAGUACCCAGUGACCUGCGCAGAUACAUGAAGAUUGUUGAAGAAGGAAAGAAGGACAAGAAGAAGAUAUAUCUGCCCCUUCUGCUUAUAGACGAAAUGAGAAGCAGGCUGAAAGACUUACUUGAGAUAAACAGCACGACUAAAGCAGUUCCUCUCACUAUAAGCUACGAUACAAUAACACUCAGGAAAUUCAGAAUCUGGAUCCACGUCCAGGCCGUGGUUUACUCACUCAAACACUUCGGUUUUUCAGAGCAGAAACUUGAUGAAAUCAAGGGCAUGUUUGUUGAGACCGGUCUUCACAUUCUGGCUCUGUCCAUCCUGGUGCCCGCGUUCCAUCUCUCAUUUGAGGUCUUUGCUUUAAAAAACGAUGUGAGCUUCUGGAGAGGAAGGAAGAGCUUAGCUGGAAUCUCUAGACGAACAGUGAUCUGGAGGUGUUUGAGCACCAUCGUGAUCUUCCUUUACCUGCUAGAGGAACAAACGAGCUGGCUGACUCUCAUCCCGAUGGGAAUCAGCGCUUUAAUAGAGCUUUGGAAGGUCAGCAGAGUGUUUGCACUUCAGUCCAGUUUUAAGGAAGACGAGCUGGAGCGAGCGACAGAAGAAUAUGAUUCCAAGGCAAUGAAAUUCCUGUCGUAUCUGCUGUAUCCACUGUGCAUUAGUGGAGCCGUUUACUCUUUUCUAUAUCUCAGGAAUAAAAGUUCUUGGUACUUUUGGAUCAUCAACAGUCUUGUCAGUGGAGUUUAUGCAUUUGGAUUUCUGUCCAUGGCCCCUCAGCUGUUUGUGAAUUACAAGCUGAAGUCAGUCGGCCACCUUCCCACGUCGGUGUUACUCUACAAAGGGUUGAACACGUUUAUCAGCGAUGUAUUUAGUGGAACUGUGACCACGCCCGGACCCCAUCCACUCACCUGUUUCAGAGACGACGUGAUCUUCCUCAUCUAUCUCUACCAGUGCAGAAUUUACCCAGUGACCAAAUCCAGAUGUCGUGAGUACGGGGCGUCACACAGGAGGAAACCUAAAGGGAAACAACACGAGGACUGA